CCACACGAUCAAAACCAACUACCAGUUGUAAGAAAAACUCGCACAUCACGGUUCCACGGGAAAACUCUCUCUCCUUCGCCUCCACCGUUUCUAGGUCUGCAGCUGCUCUCAACUUCCUUCUCUCUCCUCCCUUCCUCUCUCUUCUCCGUUUUGCAAGCUCGACUCUUUUCACAGAGAGAGAGAGAGAGAGAGGAGAGAGAAAGCUGCUCUACCAUGGCGGCACCUGAUGCUCCAGUUUGCUACGUUGGAAUCGCAAGAAAGUCCGCAGCUUUUCGCCUCAUGAAACAAAUGGGUUGGGAAGAAGGCGAAGGGUUGGGGAAAGACAAGCAAGGUAUCAAAGGGCACGUCAGAGUUAAGAACAAGCAGGACACUGCAGGGAUUGGCUUAGAUGAGCCUAAAAACAACUGGGCGUUUGAUACAUCGCAGUUCGAUAGCAUCCUUAAAAGAUUGAAAGUGCAGCAAGCAGGGGAAAUCGGUGAUGAAGCUGCUAAUAAGGAUGAAUCUGAAGAUGAUGACAGUGACAUAGACACGGAACCUAAUGCAUUCAAAGAUGAUAAGGAGACAGUAGUAAAGGCUACUCGGCCCCAAGGAAGGUACCAGAAAAGAGAGAGGGGUAAAUUUGUCCAUGCUUAUUCUUCUGACGAUCUUGAAGGAAUACUUGUCAAAAAGGUUGAGGAAUGUCCGCAGACAAACUCUAAUCCAGAGAGUGUAUUGGAGUUGGUGGAAGAACCUACUGAUCAUGUUUUUGGUGGUGAAGGAAACAAAGUUACAGGUGUUUCACUGGACUGGUGGGGCUUCAGAUGUGGCUUUGUGUCAGGAGGUUUUCUUGGAGCACAAUCCAGCGGAAAGAAAUCCCUCCCAAGCCAAAAUGCUCAUAACCCUCAGGAAAGGGUUGCUUUUCACGAGGAAGAUCAAGAGAAUCUUUAUAAUCUUGUCCAAAACAAAGCAACAUCUGGAAAACAAGGACUGGGUAUUAAGGACCGGCCAAGGAAAAUAGCUGGUUGUCACUUUCAGGGCAAAAAGACAUCAUUUGAUGACAGUGCUGAUGAGGAUCCUUCUGAUUCUUCAGCAAAACGCAAACGGGGUGAUAUUUCAGAAACAGAAAACAAUGAUGAACCCAAGGUUAAGCUAAGAAGGCUGUGUCGGAAGAUUCUUCGCCAGGUACCUGGGGAGACACUGAAGCUUAAACAGCUCAAAGUUCUUGUUGAUGAACACUCAUCUUCUGUUUUUUCCAACUUCUCAUCCAAACGAGAUGCCCUUGUAUUCUUGAAAGGAAAGUUAGAAGCCAGUGACAAGUUUUUGGUAGAGGGAAAGAGAGUGAGUCUCCCACCAAAGGGAAGCCACUAAGUUUUGGUAGGAAUUUUAGAUACCUGUAGCAGUUUGCACAUUGCAGCUGAGACUACUCCGGCUUUAUUUAUUUGUAAUUUCUUCUGCUUUUCGAGUGAUUUUUUUAUGGUUUUGAUUCUUGAAGAGAUCUUAGGCAGCCAUCCCUUCUGAUGGAUGGAAUUUUGAAGCAGUUUGUUAUGUAGGAUUGGGAUACUGAGAUAGAAGAUAUGGUUAAAGCACUUGUAAACUGCUGUUCUCUUCAGUUUGUGAGUGCGAUUUUCUUGAAACCUUCGAAGUGGCUAGUUUCUUUGUUCUGAAUGCCAAGUCUGUUGAAGAAAAUUGAGCUUUA